UACCUAUGCCUACGUUCUAUUGCAAAAUUUUAUUUUUAGACGCACCGAAGAUCAAUCUAUCAGAAAGUGUUGCGAUGCUGACGAUUAAUAAGUCACAAAAUUAUGAUUAUAAAAGUAACCAGAAAUUCCAGAUCAACUGUUCAGUGACCGGUUACCCUUUGCCACAAGUUAAAUGGUAUCAGAGCAAUUCAGAUUCUUUAGAACAUACCUAUCAAGAAAUUCCGGCAUCUGAUUACAACACUACAAACUAUACUUCAUAUUAUUUGAUAUCAACGCUCAGAUUUCAAAGUGAUGGAGAAAAAACUAUUUUCUGUCGCGCAACAAAUGAAAAGGGAACACGGGAGAAAUUCCAUCGUCUCCCUGCCAGAAACCAUUCAGAAGGAAAUACACACUUCGAGUAUACAAUUGAAGUUUUAAUUUUCAUCUGCCUUUUAUUAACUGGAAUAAUACUCUACGUAAUGAUUCGGUUCUGCAAAGAAAAAAUGAAAUUACAAAAAAUUUUAGAAAAAUAUGGGUUGCAUGAAUGCAAAGAAAACGCAGUUCUCACCAUAAACCCUGACCUGGACAUCGAACAACAAACUGUUCGCAUACCAUACAACAAAAAAUAUGAAUUUCCCAAACGGAACUUGGAAUUUGGAGAAAUACUAGGAUCUGGUUAUUUUGGAAUAGUUAAAAAAGCGGAAGCUCGUGGUAUUGUAGCAAAAGAUGUGAAAACAACUGUAGCUGUAAAAAUGGCCAAAGACCAUAAUGACUCUUUAAGCGUAAAAGCUCUCGCUUCCGAAUUGAAGAUCAUGAUUUAUUUGGGACAGCACAUAAACGUAGUUAAUUUAUUGGGAGCCUGCACUAAAGAUUUGAUUAAAGGUCAGUUUUAUGAAGUAUUUUAUUGUGAAGAUGAGAAUUUAGAGCACCGAAGUGGAGAAUUAGCAGUGAUAGUAGAAUAUUGCCAGUACGGUAAUUUACGUGAAAUUCUCUUGAAACACAGAAACAAUUUCGCGAAUAAAAUUAAUGGAAAUGAUGAAAUUGAUAUCAGUAUUGCUACUGCCAAUUGGUGA